GAGGCCACGUCUUGUUUUGUCUGUUUCUUUUCACUUUCGAUUUCAAUGCGAGUGUAACUCUCCGCACACUCACACACACAUACACACACAGACACAGAGACACACGCGCACGCUUGAGAGUCUCCGUUUCACACUCUUUGGCGCAUAUUACUCAAUAGCGAACGUCUCUGCGGCUGCUCCACGCCGCUCGACGCUGCUGCGUGCGUGUUGGUGAGCGUGUUGAUGGCCUUUUUGAUUUUGAAUUUGUCAGCCAACUGUUUAUUAAGUGUUUUGACGUUACCGCAAACUGUUCGCAAACGCAAAGCCCACCGCAAGGCAGUCGAACACGAACAAAAUAAGAAAAUAAAAAAAUCAGCUCACAGAAAUAUACGGCAACAGUAACAGUAACACAGCCGAAACCACAACGAAAAUUUCCAACAAAAGUCUUUUUCAAGAAAAAGUGCGUGACGCGUACAAAAUAUGUUAAAAUAUUAAAAUGGCCGCGAAAUAAAUGCACUGGGUCUUAUUGCCAAAUAUUAAGCUAAGUGGGCUGCGCGAAUUUUGUAUUUAAUUCAAUCUGAGCUGCGCUGCCUGCCGUCUGCUAUGCAAACGAGUGAUUAUUCAAUCAAAAACUCGCGCCGCUACGUGAAUUAAGUGAAACACACAAUUGCACAAAAUCGCAGACAAACCAACAACAACUACAGCAACAACAACAACAACGGCAGCAACAGCAACACCAGCAACACCAACAACACCAACAACAACGACAACGAAAGUAUUGCAAAAUGCGCGCAGUUGCAUGGCUGCUGCCGCUGCCAACGUCGCUGCUGCUGCUGCUGCCAACUCUAUUGCUCGGCCUGGACGCUGCCCACAGCAGCUACAACUCCGUCUACAAUGAUGUGAUUACGCCGGAGCUCAAAGAGGCCAUUGAUAAGGAUUUGCCCAAGCAGGCAAAGUUCUUCGAUGAGCUCGAUUUGAUACCGCAGUCGUGCCGCUUCCGUGGCCACAAAUUCGAGUGCGGCCUGUCCAUCUCGUGCGUCUUGGGCGGCGGCAAACCUCUCGAUCUCUGCUCCGGCGGCAUGAUCUGGUCAUGCUGUGUGGACAAAGAUCUCGACGCCGAGGAGAGUCCCCAUGCGGCGCCGAUCAACAAUACAAGUGACAUAAUACACUUGCACGACAUUUAUCCCGACUUGUCGCCUGCUGUUAGCAAGCCGGCGCAUCAUCAAGCACACCACCAGACGCAACACAACAGCCACAAUAGCAACAACAUCAACAGCAACGGCCUGCCAGCGGCCUCGUCAGCACGGCCGGCCUAUCCCAGCCACGCCUAUUACAGCACAAAGCGCCCAGCGCUCUACAACAGCAAUCCCUAUAAGCCCAGCUCCAGCUCCGGUUCCGGCUCCAGCUCUAGCUCAUCUGUACACCGACCCAGCGUCUCGAGCUUAAACAGCUGGGAGCAUGACUCGAAUCAUUUGGGCAUCACCAAUCAUCUGGACAGUUUCUUUGAUGCGGAUGCACCGCCAGAUGGCGCUGUUGCCACCCGACCACCAGCAUUACACGCACCCCAGGCACAGCCCUUCGCCGUGGGCAAUGUGCUCGACCUGAAUGCCGGCGAGGCGGUGGAUGAGUACCAAAGUGGUGGCUACAACGACGGCAGCUAUCGUCCAGUGCCGGGCUGCGGCGAGGUCUUUUCGCGCACCAAUCGCAUUGUGGGCGGCCACUCGACGGGUUUUGGGUCGCAUCCCUGGCAGGUGGCGCUCAUCAAGAGCGGUUUUCUCUCACGCAAACUGAGUUGCGGUGGUGCAUUGAUCUCCAAUCGCUGGGUGGUGACAGCCGCUCACUGUGUGGCCACCACCACCAAUUCGAACAUGAAAAUUCGGCUGGGCGAGUGGGACGUGCGCGGACAGGAGGAACGUCUCAAUCACGAGGAAUAUGGCAUUGAGCGCAAGGAAGUGCAUCCACAUUAUAAUCCAGCCGAUUUCAAGAACGAUGUCGCACUCAUACGACUCGAUCGCAACGUGGUUUACAAGCAGCACAUCAUACCCGUCUGCCUGCCACCGCCCACCACCAAGCUGACGGGCAAAAUGGCCACCGUUGCGGGCUGGGGCCGUACGCGGCACGGCCAGAGCACUGUGCCCUCGGUGCUGCAGGAGGUGGAUGUGGAGGUCAUCUCGAACGAUCGCUGUCAGCGCUGGUUCCGCGCCGCCGGCAGACGUGAGGCCAUACAUGAUGUCUUCCUCUGCGCCGGCUAUAAGGAGGGCGGUCGUGACUCCUGCCAGGGCGACAGCGGCGGGCCGCUCACGCUUACAAUGGACGGCCGCAAAACGCUAAUCGGACUCGUCUCUUGGGGCAUUGGCUGCGGACGGGAGCAUCUGCCGGGCGUCUAUACCAACAUACAGCACUUUGUACCGUGGAUCAACAAGGUUAUGGCCAACGACAACAAUGCGUGAAUACAGUUUCCAUAGCUAGACUGUCAUUUGAUCAAUUUGGAAGACUGCAGCCACCGCCUGCAGCUGUUGCAACUGCGACCGCAACACCCGUUUGCCUGGCCAUGUGAUUCCUCUACGACUCGGGGUUGCUAGUGUUUAAGUCGAAGCUCUCAAUCUCACAGCAGCUGAUAUUUAUUUUUUUAUAUACCCCAUCCCUAACCCAAACCCACUGGCGAUAUUCUAUUGAAUGCUGCUCGAACCUUGGAGGUUAACUGCUAAUCAUUAAAAUAUUUAUUAC